UUGAUACCUUCUGCAAUUAUGCUAGCAUUGGCUGAUUUACCUUUGUUCUUCCUAGAGUGUUCACUGGGACAAUUUGCUAGUUUAGGCCCAGUUUCAGUUUGGAGGAUUCUUCCAUUGUUUCAAGGUGUGGGAAUUACAAUGGUGUUGAUUUCCAUUUUUGUGACCAUCUAUUAUAAUGUCAUAAUUGCCUAUAGUCUUUACUACAUGUUUGCUUCUUUUCAAAGUGAAUUACCAUGGAAAAAUUGUUCUUCUUGGUCAGAUGAAAACUGUAGCAGUUCACCUAUAGUAACUCACUGUAAUGUGAACACAAGCAUAGGUGAGAUCAUCCAAAUGAAUAAAAGCUGGGUAGACUACAACAAUUUUACCUGCAUCAAUGGCAGUGAAGUUUCUCAGCCAGGGCAGCUUCCCAGUGAGCAAUAUUGGAAUAAAGUGGCACUCCAACGGUCAAGUGGAAUGGAUGAGACUGGAACAAUUGUGUGGUAUUUAGCACUCUGUCUUCUGGUUUGGCUCAUAGUUGGAGCAGCACUGUUUAAACGAAUCAAGACUUCAGGCAAGGUGGUAUAUUUUACAGCCCUUUUCCCUUAUGUUGUCCUACUAAUCCUGUUAAUACGAGGUGCAACUCUGGAGGGUGCGUCAAAUGGCAUUUCAUACUAUAUUGGAGCACAGUCAAAUUUUACAAAACUUAGGGAAGCUGAGGUUUGGAAAGAUGCUGCCACUCAGAUAUUUUACUCCCUUUCUGUGGCUUGGGGUGGCUUAGUUGCUCUUUCAUCUUACAAUAAGUUCAAUAACAACUUCUCUGAUGCCAUUGUAGUUUGUUUCACAAACUGCCUCACUAGUGUUUUUGCUGGAUUUGGUAUUUUUUCUAUAUUGGGACACAUGGCUUAUAUAUCUGGAAAGGAACUUUCUCAAGUUGUAAAAUCAGGUUUUGAUUUGGCAUUCAUUGCUUAUCCAGAAGCUCUAGCCCAACUCCCAGGAGGUCCAUUUUGGUCUAUAUUAUUUUUCUUCAUGCUUUUGAGUUUGGGUCUUGACUCUCAGUUUGCUUCCAUUGAUAAGUAAAUUACAACGAUUCAAGAUUUAUUUCCCAAAAUGAUGAAGAAAAUAAGAGUUCCAAUAACUCUGGGUUGCUGUUUGGUUUUGUUUCUUCUUGGUCUCAUCUGUGUGACUCAGGCUGGAAUUUACUGGGUUCAUCUGAGUGACCACUUCUGUGCUGGAUGGGGCAUUUUGAUUGCAGCUAUACUGGAAAUAAUAGGAAUCAUCUGGAUUUAUGGAGGAAACAGAUUCAUUGACGAUAGAAUGAUGAUUGGAGCAAAGAGAUGGAUAUUCUGGCUAUGGUGGAGAGCUUGCUGGUUUGUCAUUACACCAAUCCUUUUGAUUGCAAUUUUUAUCUGGUCACUGGUGAAAUUUCACAGACCUGAUUAUGCGAAAAUCCCGUACCCUGAUUGGGGAGUUGCUCUAGGCUGGUGUAUGAUUAUUUUCUGCAUUAUCUGGAUUCCAGUUGUGGCUAUCAUGAAAAUAAUUCAGGCUAAAGGAAACAUUUUUCAACGCAUUGCAAGCUGCUGUAGACCAGCUUCUAACUGGGGUCCAUACCUGGAACGAUAUCGUGGGGAGAGAUACAAAGGCAUGGCAGAUCGUAAAACAGAGACUGACCACGAAACACCCACUGUUAGUGGCAGUAGGAUUAAAGAAUGA